GCAGUACUGGAAGGAUCAGUGCAACAGUGAAGCAGCUCUCAGCGUGUCCAGAAGCACAGCCAGGUGCAUAUCAGAGCAGACAGAGACAAGAGGACUUAUCUCAGCUGGAAGAGCAUCAAGAAAGAAAGACAAAAAUAUCCUCAAUAAGCAGAAACGAAACCAGGGGGAGACAUGAAUCUGUUGCUCAUCAUCACAGUCGUCGCUGCAUUCAGCAUCGAUGUGGCUUUUUCACAAAGAUGGAGCAGGAGAAGAGGAGAGACGUGCCAGUCUGGGGAUGGGAGCAGUUACAGAGGGCAUGCGGACAGAUCAUCAAGAGGUCGUCGGUGUCUCAACUGGAACCGCUUCAGUCACCAUCUAACAUCGACCAAGGGACUUGGCGAUCAUAAUUACUGCAGAAAUCCUGACGAGAGUUUGGCGCCUUGGUGCUAUGUUCGAAGAGCCAGAAAGUAUGUGAGGGAAUUAUGCGACAUUCCCAAAUGUUCCACUCCAUCGGUGAAACCUCCCCAGAUCAGGGAUACAGAGCUGACGUGUGGCGAGAGGCCUGAGCGGAGGACGCAUAAAAUUGCGGGUGGUUCUUUUACACCCAUAGAGUCCCACCCGUGGAUCGCUGCCAUCUUUUAUAAAAGCACCCUCUUCCUCUGCGGAGGCUCUCUCAUCUCACCGUGCUGGGUCCUCACUGCAGCACACUGCCUGCCUGAUGGGGAGCAUACCAGUCUCAGGCGCUUGUCUGUGUACUUGGGGAAGUCUGCCAUCAAUGACACGGACGACAAGGAGCAGAGCUUCACUGUGGAGAAAAUCGUCAUGCAUCAAAAAUACAACGACUCAAACUACAACAGUGACAUAGCACUUCUGAAGAUAAAAAGUAAAGAUGGACGAUGUGCGGCGAGGUCGGCUUCGGUCCGUACCGUCUGCCUUCCUCCGCCUCACACACAGCUUCCCACAGGAUAUCCAUGCAGCGUCGCAGGAUUUGGGAAGGAGAAAUACACAUCUUGGCAGUACUCGCAGCACCUGAAACAGGCCCAGGUGAACCUCUUUUCUCAGACUGAAUGCAACAGCGAUUUGCAGUACGAAAAUCCCGUCACUGAGAACAUGCUCUGUGCUGCGAGCCCCGACUGGAGCAGCGACGCCUGCAGCGGUGACUCCGGUGGUCCACUCGUGUGUGAAGUUUCUGGCCGGAUGUUUCUGUUUGGAGUGGUCAGCUGGGGUAAGGACUGCGCCAGCGAGAACAAGCCGGGGGUCUACACGCGGGUAACCAACUUCAAUCAGUGGAUUGCGGCAAAAACUGGUCUCCCUGAAUAUACAAAGGGAGUGAUGUACCCCCAGAAGUGAACCUGCGGUUGGCGCCGUACUGUUGGGCAUUGAGUGAACUUAAAGGAAAAUGAUGUAGCAGUUUUGGAAGCUUUAUUUGUCUGCAGUCAUGUAAGCUUCAGGUUUCAGAGCAGCUUUUCAGAAAGUCUUCUUCAUGCAUAGUGACAAUAUUUUUUGAACAGCAAUGACCUACUGUAGCAGUUUAAAGUCAGUGUUUUUCUUGUAAAUAAGUCCUGAAAUUGUUUUCUAACUUGUGCAUAAUCUUUGACAGAUUUUAACUUUUUAAAAUAAGUGUUUCGAAGUUUAUUUAAUUAAUUUAAAUUAUGAAGUAUGUCCUCUUUUGGUAGGCUGGUCCUGCUAUUGAGUUUUUAUAAAAUUACGAAUAAAUG